AUGCUGCUGACAGUGUUUCUCUCAACCACGGAUGGCAGUGUCUCUCUCAACCACCAUCUCCCAGUCUUUCGCUAUCCCCACAUCGCUCUCCCUUUCCCUCCACCUUCGCCCCUCCCCACCCACAGUGACUUUAGUGAGACGGAGAUCACGGGAGGCAUCCCCCCCUUCUUCGGAAAAGAGUUUACUUCCUCUCCACCUGUUGAGGCUGACUUAAGUGAGACAGAAAUUUCGGGAGGCAUUCCCGCGUUCUUCUCCGCCUUUGGAAAGCUCGUGUCCCUAUCUAUUGGCAGCACGAGCAUCAGUGGCAACAUUCCACGUGGCUUCAGCAGACUGGUCAACCUGCAAGCCCUGCGUCUGAACAACAACUUGCUGAGCGGCUUCCUUCCCGACCUCGGUGCUGCAAAGAGCCUCCGGCAAGUUGACGUCAGCAGCAACUUCUUUUCCGGUGCCCUCCCACCCUCCCUCGCGUCAAUCUCCAACCUCAUAAUCACCGGCAACUAUUUCUCGGGCAGCACGGCCUCUUUUCCCUGCCCGGACCCCGACGCUCUCUCGUUCAACUGCUUCUCAUCGGUCCCCGCCAAGUGCAAGGCAGCUAUCACACCUCGUCCUGCUAACAGGUGUCGGGAGUUUUGUGGGACAGGGACGAAAGCAGGCACGUGUGGGGGGCAUGGCGUGUGCAGGCCUGCUUGGAAGGGAAGUAAUCUGCUGUUCUCAUGCCAGUGCUUUAAGGGGUUUGUGGCUAGCAAGAAUGGACUGACGUGUGAAGCGAAGAGCAGCUGA